CGGAAGUAACCUUUGACCUUCACCUGGGGAAAACAUGGCCGUGCACAGUAAACUCACGCCAAGGAAUUCGGCAAUAGUAACGGCCAUAGGUGUGGGUUUAUACCUUAUCUACAAAAAUGCCAACCUGAAGAAGUCGAGAAGAAAUCAGCCAGAUAUCAAAGUUGUUAUAUCCGAGCAUGGCCAGAAGAAGGAAAAAGCUGCAGUCGAUGGUGUGUUUCUCAGGAGGCUGAUGCACAUUUUGAAGAUUCUCAUCCCAGGAUGGUUCACACCAGAGGCGUGGUACAUGCUGAUGGUGGCUCUUUCCCUGAUAGCUCGGACAUACGCUGAUGUGUGGAUGAUACAGAAUGGUACAGCAAUAGAAAGUGCAAUCAUUGGAAGAAAUAUGGAACUCUUCAAGAAGCAUCUGCUGCAGUUUGUUUAUGCUAUGCCUGCUAUUUCAACUGUGAAUAAUUGUCUGAAGUACGGGCUUAAUGAACUGAAGGUUCGGUUCCGCUCCAGAUUGACUCAUCAUCUUUAUGACAGUUACCUCAAAGGGUUUACUUUCUACAAGAUGAGCAACCUUGACAACAGGAUUUCCAAUGCUGAUCAACUUCUGACACAGGAUGUAGAGAAAUUCUGUGACUCAGUGGCUGAGCUGUACUCCAACCUCAGCAAGCCUGUCCUAGAUGUGGUUCUCUACACCUUCAAGUUGACUGGAGCCAUUGGACCUCAGGGUCCUGCAUACAUGCUGGGCUAUCUGGCAUUAUCUGGCUUGAUUCUUACACGGUUGCGGAGACCUAUUGGACGUCUCACAGUCCAAGAACAAAAGUUGGAAGGGGAAUAUAGAUAUGUCAAUUCAAGACUCAUCACGAACAGUGAAGAAAUAGCAUUCUAUCAAGGAAACCAGAGGGAAAGGUUCAUCAUUCUUGCAACGUUCCAGAAAUUGAUAUCCCAUUUGCGCUACUUCAUUUUCUUCCGACUACAAAUGGGUUUUGUUGACAGUGUCGUUGCAAAAUACAUAGCCACGGUAGUGGGAUACUGGGUUGUGAGUCGACCGUUCUUGAAUCUGGCACAUAAGCGCCAUCUCAACAGCACCCACAGUGAGAGACUGGAGGACUACUACAAGAGUGGCCGUAUGUUGGUGAAGAUGGCAGAGGCCAUUGGAAGAAUCGUGUUGGCCGGACGAGAGAUGACCAGACUAGCAGGUUUCACAGCCAGAGUGACACAGCUGAUAAGAGUGUUGGAUGAUCUCAACCGAGGGCGCUAUGAGAGAACAAUGGUGACGACAGAACAGACUCAAGCUCUGGAGAAUAACAAAGAAUUGAAAGCUGGUAGCGGAAAGAUCAACAUUCAAGAUCAUAUUAUCAAAUUUGAAAAAGUCCCCCUUGUGACGCCAAAUGGCGACGUGUUGGUGAAAGAGCUGACGUUUGAGGUGCGGUCAGGAAUGAACAUCCUGGUGUGUGGGCCUAAUGGCUGUGGCAAGAGCUCCCUGUUCAGAAUCCUUGGCGAGCUCUGGCCAUUGUUUGGUGGAACCCUCACCAAGCCAGAAAAGGGCAAACUCUUCUAUGUCCCUCAGCGGCCAUACAUGACUGUGGGGACGCUGCGAGACCAGGUCAUCUAUCCUGACACACACACUGACCAGCUGAGGAAAGGGGUCAAGGACAGUGACCUUGCAGAGAUCCUGAGCAAGGUCCAGCUCGGCUAUAUCCAAGACAGAGAAGGAGGUUGGAACUCCAUACAGGACUGGAUGGAUGUGCUGAGUGGUGGGGAGAAACAGAGAAUAGCAAUGGCCAGACUGUUCUACCACAAGCCACAGUUUGCAAUCCUGGAUGAGUGUACGAGUGCCGUCAGUGUGGAUGUAGAGGGCUACAUGUACAACCACUCCAGAGAGGUGGGCAUCACACUCUUCACUGUAUCACACAGAAAGUCACUGUGGAAGCACCACGAGUACUACUUGAAGAUGGAUGGCCGAGGAGAGUACGAGUUCAAGCCCAUCACUGCUGACACCACCGAGUUUGGGUCUUGACCUUCAUGCUGCCUAGCACAUGAUGAAAUUAAUCCUGAAAUCUGAAAACGUUUCAAACCAUUGUGGACUGUGACAUAAUAUGGAUAUGUUCUAUGAUUGUGCCUUUUAGAUCUGUAGAUCAUAUUUGUUAUUCUUGUGAGGAACAUGGCAAAUUAUCUUAUUACCGUUGUUACUCUGCAUAGUCUGCAUAGUAGGCAGCUUGGUAUCUGGAAGGGAUGUAGAACCGGGCAGGCUGCAUUGUACAAUACACUUCUAGAGAGCUGAUGUGCUUAAAUUAUUUUAUGAUUGCCAAAAGUAAUGCUGAAGGGGUUGUUCAAGUAUAGGGUCCUACAGAAAGGAACCAUCACCAGAAUUAUGACACAGAAAUCUCUGACAGCUGCAUGGAGCCAAAGAAGCUGGAAGAGUCCAUUUACAAGCAAGUGAAUCGGUUUCCAUUUUAUAGGUUUGCUGCAUUGGUAUCAUCCAGUGAUGACUAAUGAAGAAAGUCUCUGGAUUCCUUUGUUAUAUUUUAUUAACCAUUUUUAUACUUUAGGAACCUUUUUACUGUAAAAUAUGUUCAUUUCAGAGACUAGAUAUGAAUCUAUGAUGAGACUAAUUUCCGUAGGAUUCUGCAUGGUAUAUUUUAGACUAACAGUUAGUCUAUGAAAGUAUGUGAUAUUGAUAUCCAGCUCCAUUUAAACUGAAAUGUAACCCCCGGUGAGAUGGUGGAUUCUAUGGGUAACCUAGACUUGCUUCUUUCAGGCUAAGGUAUUACAGGGGGGGAAGGAAAAAUAGGUUGGUUCGGAGUUUGUGAGACAAUGUGUCCUUUAUUCUGAUUUCAUCAAGAGAAUAUGAAAAAAUGCUGCAUAACUAUAGUACCAUACUUGACAACAUCCACUUCAGCAGAAAUAACAUAGCAGGCAAGCAGUUACUUAAUUGUAGCUAGAAGAAUUGAUAAGAUGGAACUGUUGUGGGGAAAUUGAUGCCAGUGCAUCUCUUUCAUCUAACAAUUCAGCAUUCCUAAUCAUGUAACUGAUUACACAGUAAUUUGGAGAGACAUAUCCUGUCCAAACACAUUAUGUGAAGCUUUAUGUUAUCUACCGGUAUUUGGUACGUGUAUACUUGUUGAGUAUGUUUUAUGGAGUGAAGAGUUCCUGUUGAGGAUAUAUUUCAUAACAAGUUUUUGAAACAGUAUAAGUAUGCUUGUAUACGGCUCCAUUUUUUAUGGGGAUUCUUAUAACAUCCUGUUUAGGUACUGUACAUGAAGAAAGGUAUAUCUAAUUAUCCCUUUACAAAAUGGAGCAGUAUAAAUAAUGGGAAAAUGGACCAGCAUUUCUUGAACAGAACAUCCCAGCUGUGGAAUCAAUCCCAGUACAAGUCAGAUAUUAGCUCCUGUCGCUUCUAAACAAUGACUUGUGGACAUCACAUUAUGGGUCAGGUUAGAGAGAAACAACAACACACACACACACACACACAUCCUCCCCUCUCUCUCUCUCUCUUCCCCCUCAAAAACAAAAAAAAACAAACAAAAAACAUCAUCACACACCAUGAACGGUCCCUUAGAAAACACUUCCGACUUUCACUUUCUUGAUCAAGAAAGGGCUCAGAUUGGAUCUUGCAUUUCAUUGGUUGGUCAAAGUUCGUGAAAGGUCGUUCUGACGUCAUCUGCACUGGGAUGCCCUCAGAUCAUUGUUUUGGCAGUAGCAAGUCCUAAGAUCUUACUUUAAGGAUAUUGACAGAGGAGAGGGUGUAGUAAAUAAUUGUAUAGAUGUCAAUUUCAUUAUUUACACUGUGUUGACGUUUCCAUGCAGAUGCCAGUGUUUUCGGCAUGUAGAAUGUGUCUAUGCUGCACAUCGUAACAGUGUAAAUAAAGACAAUGUCAUCGAUACAAGAUACUUGUCAUUCCCUCGCCGAACUUCAACUAUUCUCAUCAAAUAAUUAACCAUGGAAUACUCUAAUUAGACUGGAAGUAUAUAGGAAGUAUUUAUUGAAGAAAUGAAUGGUCAUGGAUGAGGGUUUGGUGGACAUCUUACCUCUCAUUGUUUUAUCCUGGUGAUGUGUUGCAUGCAGGUGCUUUAACUUUGACAUGUGAGUGGAGAUGAACAUACAUUAACUGAUACUGCUUCACAAAUUGGUCAUGAGAAAAGAACAUUUAUUACAAAAUAUUUUUGCCCUCUAAAGUUAAACUGGGCAGAGGUUUUUAUGAAACUCUGGUCAAGACUGUUGUUCGUUUAGGUGCUUGCUUCUUUGGCCUCCUUGUAAACCUUCAGUCUGGGACUAAAUGAUUAUGACAGUUUGAGACAUUCAUACCUAAGGCAGACCAUUAGGGCCAAAACAUUUUCUCUUUUGUCUUGAAAGUUCAAGUUCUUAUUAGGCUACAGUGUCAUCUUGCAACAAUGUCACUUCAAGGCAGAAAGUGAACCUCAAAAAGUUCAUUAGUUGAAUUCAGUUUAUCUUGAAUUUUCAACGUAAGUGAAACAAAUUGCCCUGAUGGGCUGUUACACACUUCUCAUAUAUCUGCUCACCUGAACAAAUAAGAACAUUGAUUGAGUCGUAGCCAGCUGAAAACAUGUUGCUCAUAAUCUCUGUCUGUUAUGUUGUUCGUUUUCAUAUACAUGUAACUGCUUUGAGAAGUUGGAGCAGUAAGGAAGGAUAACAAUAUAUGGAUGAACAACUUCUGUAUUUGCUGUGAGAGCGACAUUUCGGUGGACCAUUAAAAGCAAGUGAUCGCUUGAUGAUGGUGUUAAAACCUGCACCUAAACAUAACUUCCACUAUAAUCAAGAUAUUGUUCAUCCUUAUAUUGUUAUCCUUCGUCAUGUUCAUAUUAUUACGAGGUUGGUGUAUUUUUUCCUGAUAUUUAUUGGGUCAUACAAGGCACUGCAGUUCGCCAUGCAGUGUCGUGUCCUACUGGGACAUCAAAAACCUGAGAUUGUGGGUUCAAAUCCCGGUUUGCCCCUGUGAGGCUUGUUGGUUUGUCAUCACCAAUGUGGUCAAUAUCUGUGACCCGCGGCACAUGUCAGGCUUUCCUCUCAUGAAGCUGACAUGCCUGGAUGGAAUACUGUCUGAAGGGGCAUUAAACUCAACUCACUCACUCACUCAUGUUUAUCUGAUAGGGUCCAGGUUACUGUCAAUCCCAACAAAUGUCCUCACUAUCUAUGCUAUACAUGUACAACAAUACUAAGUCCACAGUUGCCUAUUUUUCUGUCAGUUGGUUUGUUCUGGAGAGUGAACAGCGUAAUUACAAUCAAAUAAGAUUGUUAAGUUAGUAACAAGUUAUCGGGGAACAGUUCAAAUGCGUGUGUGGGGCGGUGGAGUAGCCUAAUGGUUAAAGCGUUUGUUCAUCACGCCGAAGACUCGGGUUCGAUUCCCCACAUGGGUACAAUAUGUGAAGCCCAUUUCUGGUGUCCCCCCGCCGUGAUAUUGCUGGAAUAUUGCUAAAAGCGGCAUAAAACCAUAUUCACUGGUUAAAGAUCAUAAUUCUGUUUUUAGUGUAGGGCAUUUAUCCAGCUUGCUACAUCCACGUAAAAAUUCUCAGUCAGUAACAUAGCAGCUUUUUUGGGUGUAACAUUAAUGUGAAAAUGGGUGGCACUACUAUGAGAUGUAAAAACAGUGACAGUUGAAAAUUGCACAAGUCUCUAAGGCAAUAAUUCUUAGUUUUGUGCACCUUCACUGAAUAUUAAGUCCAUUGUUUGGUCAACCAACUAAUAAGACCUAACAGGCUGAUGAAACUAUGUCCUUCAUCCAACGUCAAACCAUGGUCAAAAGCCCAUGGUCAUUCAACUUUCCUUUAAUGUGUUUGGCAUCCACAUAUGUUUAAUAGUACAUGUAUUCACAUGUGAUGAAUAUCAUUAUUUCCUCAGCUGUUGUACAUGUUUACAUAGCAACCAUACUUAUUUGCAAACAUAUUUAUUCACAUUCAGUACACAAUCACUGAUGUACAACUCUUUAAAAGUAAGGAAAUAUUUUGAAUGAUUAUAAAUCAGUAACCUGGAAGGCUAUCUAUGCCAAUGAUUAUAUACAAACAGUUUUAGUCAUUCAACAGCUGUCCAUACUGCCGUUUUUGUUCACUCUGAAACCGUAGUUUCCACAAGUAUCUAAUUUCUUGAUCACCUGAGUAGUUUUUGUAUAAUUUGUAAUGUCUUUGUACUGGAUUAAUGAAGUCAUGGUUAAUUUAAUUGAUGCAUAAUGGGUUGUAUAGAACAUUGUGUUUUGUGUACUUAUACAAACCUGAUGUUUCGUGUACAUAUUUCAGGAGUUAUGAGUGUAUAACAUAUGGUCCUUCUACCUGUGAUCAACACAAAACUGGUUUGAUGAACAAAAAAUUAUGAAAUAAAUAUAUAUUUUUACCCAGUAA